CCGGAAGUAGUUAGCAUCUACCGGCAGUUAGCUGUGUGAUUCAUGUUGUGAUUAAAGGACGCUAAAAAUCCAAAAUGUCAGAGCAGAUAACUGUGACAGUUGCAUACGGGUCUACAAAGCACAGCAUCACAGUAACAGGACAGGAAGAUGGAAAGAGUCCAACUGUCAAAGACCUGUCAGAUGCUCUCACUCAAAUUACUGGAGUUCCCUCAGCCUCACAGAAACUCAUCUUCAAAGGGAAAUCACUGAAGGACAUGGAGGAGAGUCUACCUAGCUAUGGAAUAAAAGACGGUUGCAAACUCAUGAUGAUUGGAAAGCGGAACAGUCCUGAGGAGGAAGUGGAACUGAAGAAGCUGAAAGACAUCGAGAAAUCUGUGGAACAGAUGGCCAAAAAGCUGGAAAAGGUCGACGGGGAGUUGACUGGACUCAAGAAUGGCUUCCUUGCCAAAGAUCUCCAGGCAGAGGCUCUGGGUAAACUGGACCACAGAGUAAAAAUAGCAGCUGAGCAGUUCAUGAAGAUCCUGGAGCAGAUAGAUGCUCUGAGCAUCCCAGAAAAUUUCAGCGACUGCAAAAUUAAGAAAAAGGGACUUGUAAAGACAGUUCAGGAUUUCCUGGCCCAGUGUGACAAGAUUGAAGCGUGCAUAUCAGACCAUCUAUCAAAGAUCCAGUCUAAAAACCUUGCCCUGGCAGAUUAAAGAAGUCUCCUACAUAUGAUAUGCUACACAUUGCUCUGUGAGCAACUGCAAAGUGUAAAGAAAGCUUCAGGUGUGGAGCAGAUCCUUACAGUAUCUAUUUAUUGUUGGCGUGAUUUGUUCAAGAGCCCUCAUCACAAAGAAUCCUGUUAAUCCUUGUAAACACUGACACUGAUGUGUGCUCUUAUAGAGCAUAAAGACUGAUGUGUGAUGAGAUGCUUUCUGAGUUAUUGUAUCCACAGACGCUUUGUGAAAGGAUCAGAGGUGCUUUCCUUUAAAACAUCCCAGACUUGUGCUAAACAGAACUCCCACUGCCAAAUGUUCAUUGAACUACCCGUGAUGAAGAAAGCCAACUAUUACUAAAAUGACCCCAAAAUCUCAAAAUCUGUGUACACAAAAAUUUUUCAUUGUGCCCCUGCGGAGUGUGCCCUAUGGCAUUUAAUACACAUAUGGCCAAAAGUAUGUGGAUCCCUGAAUUUUAUAUUUCUUAAAAACACACAGGCAUGUAUGUGCAGGCUUGUCAAGAUCUUCCUCCACAAAUUCUUAAAACCGUUUCUUGAUGGAGGUCCUGUUAAAAUGGGAGCAUUGUCAUGUUAAAAAAAAAACCUUAUUCCCUAAACUGGUGCUGCAGGUUUUUCUAUCACUAAUACAGUUACAAUAAACAAGCCAUACUUUCAAAGUCUUUCACAUAUAUUGUUGAAGCACGCUAUCACAAAAUAUCACUGUACACUAACAGGAACUACAGGAUCUACCUCAAAUUGGAACUGAAGUGAUGAGGCGAUCAAAAGAAAAGUAUUUGCAAGUAUUUUGAUAAUCAAUUAAUCCUUUAAAUGACUUUUGAGUUUAACUUUUCAAGUAAAAAUAUCAAACACUGUCCUGUUCUUUUUCUCUCUUGUGAGGAUUUGCUGCUCUUUUCUUGUGUGACAGAAAAUUGAAUAUUAUCUGAUUUUGAACACAUAAAUUGAUAGCAUAACCUUGGGCUCUUAUUGUUUAAUUUUAACAUUUUAUAGACCUAAGGAUUAAUUGAACAGAUAAUUUAGUUACAGCCUCAGAGCAGAACACAGCUGUCCACAUACUUUUGGCCACAUAUCGUAUGUAUUACUCAUUCUACAUCCAGUGUCCACACCUAUGUUUAAUCCAGUGACUGAUCCUUUGUAAUCUUGUAUCUUUGAAUCGUGUGUGAACUGUGGAAUUGUAAUUUGCUUUGAGUCAUCACUAUGAAAAACACAUCUGUGUGUUUUUUCCCCUUUUUUUGUUUUAAAAUAAAUACUUUUGCUA